ACUACUCUUUAGUGGAUUUCGGAAUCGAAGACACCUUUGCUCGCUGAUACAAUUCGUUAAAAUAGCCAAUUUCUCGGUACGAUUCGCUAUUGUUUCGCGUCAAAAGUGCUAACAACGGACGCGUUAGAGUUCAGACAAUCGUUCAGAAGCAACAUUGUAUCGAAAAUCGCAUCUCGAAGUAGCGAAAAGUGGAUUUUUCUACACGCAUCCAGGGCACCACGGUAUGUGAACUUGAAUAAUAAUAACACGAUUGCGGAGAUGCUCUAGAAGAAGCCACCAUCAGCAGAAAACAGUACGAAAGUUGUGCAGAAAUAAAAAAAAGGGCAGUGCGAACUUCCCGGACAAAGCAACGGAAGGAGAAAAGGAAAAUCUUUCCUGCUGUCAAAUUGUUGUUGCAGAAAUAGUUUAUCGAUUAAUCGUCGCGUGUGUCACUUUUUUGCACUGAUUCUCUCGCUUUCCUCAAAAUGGAAAACUAGGGUGCCGUGCCUAAAAAUCUAGUGAGGAACCCUGAACGGGAAAUCCGCAUUAUCAGUGAAGUGAGGAAAAAUUGCCAUUAGCAAGAAUUUCUAGGAUAUUCCGGUCCAUUCCGGAUUCUGUUCCGCAUGGGACAGCUGACCCAUUCGGAUCGCAGUGCAGAUACUGCAUAAGAGUGCUGCUGGAAUCGUGACUGCAGACGUGGUUUAUCGAUCGACGUGAGCCACAGUCGCUAUCAGCAGGUCGAUCGAAGAUUACGGAGCUGCUGUGGGAGCUUCGAACUUACGGUAGCAAAAGGUUCGAAGGUCCCUCGCGUUACUGAGCUGCAACGCAGCAGCGGACAAGCGGAAGGCUGAAGACGACUGAGUUCCAUCCAAGAACUGCGUCAUCAAGCCAAGCGAAACAAAACACACAACUCUGUCGAUCACACGACCAUCCGACAGCAACGCGUUCCAUCAGCUGCACACCGUUACAAAAAUCCUUGAGAAAGUGACUUGAGAAUCGACCCAAGACGCGGUCUCGUUACGAUCUACGUUCAUUGGUAGUAACAGCGGCAGUGACAUCCCUAUCUCUCUGCUUCCUUCAUUUUUGUUUCCUCUUUCAACCUUUCCUGUUUCUUUGGCUUCGCCAUAAUCUUUCCUUUCCUAUGAUUUAUCACCCUUCCUUACCGUUCCGUGGGUGAUAAUGUAUUGGAACAAAGUUCCGCUGAACAGCAAUCACUAUUUCAACGCCCAGUUGUUUCAAGCCGACAUUGGUAAAAAGAGCGAAAAAUUUCGUAGCUACGCUCGGCUGUGCCCUGGCGAGUCCUCAGAGAAAAUCCAGCGCAGGAUAGGCAACUGUCGCAGCCAACAGCAACCAAUCAGAUCUGACAGUAGUAGUAUUAGCAGCAGUCCAUCUUCGUUCAGUAUACCUCAGCAAAAGACAUCCCUAGGGGUCGUUCGCGUGAUCGGAAAUCAAAUUUCCGCACGUUGUUAGUUAAUCAUUUUGUCUCAUCACCUAGUAGUAGCUAGUGUUGAUCGGUGUAUCCGAGGUAAUUAAUAAUUAAGAUAACGUUUGCUAUAUUGUUUGUUCGUCACUUAUGUAAGACUCAAAUCACUUUUGAGUAUCAAAGUUUUUAUUCUUGUUUCAACGUUACGUAAUUUUUGAGAUUUCUUAGCUGGUAAGGUCUGAACUUCCAAAUAAUCGCUGUAAUAUUGCGCUAUACAUUGGCUGUCACGAAGAUAUACGUUCGAUUCUAAGGAUCCCCAUCUAAUUUAUUUAUAUUAAUUUCCAAUUUUCCUUUAUACACUCUGAAACCAACUCUUAUUCUCCUUCUACUAGCCCUCUCAGUCUGAAAAAUUAACUAAAAUACCAAAAACGAACUUAGUCAAAAAAUAUCUCUAUUGUUUACAUUUGUUUAGUCUUUUUAGUGCUGAUCCCUAAAUCUACUUCCUUUCGGCUGAAUUACCCACAAUUAUUCAGCAGCAUAACGGAAACCAUUUCCAAAUGUCCUGAAAACUUAUCCUAGUCCUACGCUUACACACCACUAUUACAUUGAAAAGGAAACUAAAACAGCUCAAGGAUCAGAAAGCAUCACCGACUGCGGGCGGGGCUGGCCCCAACGUGAGCGUGAAUAGGGAGCCGAAGUGGAAUAUAAACUAUUUUCCUUUCGAUCUGAGUAAAAGAAGAGAGAGAGACAUUCGAGCCAUCGGCACAAAAAGUUAGUGGUUUUCAUUUCCUUGCCCGAUUAUCGUUGUGGUUUUGGUGAAUAGAAAAUUGGUCCUAUCCCGCGGCGGGCUGUUACCGGGUGAAGAAACUAUUGUUAGUUGUGCCGAUUUCUGGCGAACAUCCAAGGAAAUAGUGCGACAUCAAAGCUAGCAGUGGAACGCAGACAAUAGGAGAGCCAGGCGAAGUUUCAACGGAAAGGACCGUCCUGGAGCGGUGAUUGGGCGGAUGAUUGAACCAUACACCCGUACAAUGCCGCAAUAAUGCUGUACAAAUGGGAGCAACAAAAAAAGCCUGUUUUAGCAGAAGUAAUUCAGCCCAACCGACGUCCUCUGUGAACAGCCAAGAGUCACAGCAGCCUGGUUCACGCACUGCAGCGAAUCCCAACAUCAACAGCAACCGACUCCGACGGUUGCGUUCCGCUAGUCAAUCGACCUCGACGUCCAAUUUAAACAGCAUCAACAACAACAAUAACAGCAACAGCAGCUCGACUAGUGCAAACACUAUCAACAACAACAGCCGACAUCCGAACCGAAACGCCUUCCCGGCACAUCGGUCUUCCGGAGUAACCGGCGUCAAUACUGCAGCAAACACGGGUGGACUACUUUCAAGAGUGUUCGACAAUAGUAGUAGUGCAACGUCACCGACGACGACGGCCGGAAGUAACAGUAACCGUGGUUCACCGGGUGAGAAGAAGUCCCUCACCAGCACCACCAUCAACAGUAGCAGCAAAAACGAUGACAAAAUGGAUGAGAGAAGGCAAUCGCAACCGAAAACUCCCACCAAAACACAACCGGCGCAUCGAGAAUCUACUCCGGUCGGCAGGAAGAAGGGUGUGGUGGAAUACCCCCACCACCCGAACGCCAGUGUCGAUCACGAUAGUGAACGGAAACCGCAGGAGUCGCCCAAGAAGCAACAGCAGCAUAAUCAAAAGACACCUCCCGACUCGGAGCAGAGCACACCGCCGAUGGAGAAAGCGAACCUAUCUGAUCUGGAACCGAAGCCUCGCACUAAGGCACUAACCAACGACUCCGGCAUAGAGGGUGAACAUCAGCACCUCCCGGAUGAGGAACCCGAGGAGACACAUAAAGGGACGAUGAUGGUAGAGCGGCGACGAUUGAACUCCGCUGCUGAUAUCUGCUCCCCGGACGGACCGGUCAACUCGCGCCAUUACUUGGACUCAUCCGAGUCCGAUGGUUCGCUGGGACGUACCAAUCUGCGUUUUAUUCGUAAAAGUUUGGAAAACACGCUGGCGGUUGCGUACUCGAAAAAUUUUAUCGACAACGAUACCAUUGAGACGGAAUAUCCGCGCAACUUGGACGAUAACAUCGAGAUACUCAGCCGAGAAGCGGAAAAUCUAGCCCUACAGUUCAAACCUUCCGAGGAGAAGCUGGUUCAGUAUGGGCCGAUUUUCGAUUUGGAAAAAUUCGAAGAGCAGCGCAAGCAGCAGAAGAAGGAAGAUGACGAGGAUGAAGCGAUUGGAAUUUCACCCUGUGGAAGAUUCUUAAAAUAUGACAAAGAGGUUGGCCGGGGUUCGUUCAAGACUGUCUACCGGGGACUGGAUACCCAAAUCGGAGUGGCUGUCGCCUGGUGCGAGUUGCUGGACAAAAAGGUCAAUCGAGUGGAACGAGCUCGGUUUCGCGAGGAAGCCGAAAUGUUGAAAAAACUACAGCAUCCCAACAUUGUGAGGUUUUACAAUUACUGGGAGUCGCCACCAACGGCCGGGAACAAGAAGAAGAAUAUUGUUCUGGUUACGGAACUGAUGCUGUCUGGUACACUGAAAUCAUAUUUACGCCGCUUCAAAAAGAUCAAUCCGAAAGUGCUCAAGUCCUGGUGUCGCCAGAUUCUAAAAGGUCUUCACUUUCUACAUUCGCGUGCACCGCCCAUUAUCCAUCGUGAUUUGAAAUGUGAUAAUAUAUUUAUAACCGGAACCACAGGGAGUGUCAAAAUCGGGGAUCUCGGGUUGGCAACAUUGAAAAAUCGAAGUUUUGCCAAAUCAGUUAUCGGCACACCGGAGUUCAUGGCACCGGAGAUGUACGAGGAGCACUACGAUGAGGCGGUUGAUGUGUAUGCCUUCGGUAUGUGCAUGCUAGAGAUGGCCACUAGCGAGUACCCGUACAACGAGUGCAAUACGCCGGCUCAGAUUUAUAAGAAAGUGACUUCCGGCAUCAAGCCAGCUAGUUUGGAAAAGGUUGAAAAUCCGGAGGUGCGAGAAAUUAUAGAACGUUGUAUUCAUGACAAGAAGGAGGGCAGACCGACGUGCAAGGAACUGUUGAAUUGUGAGUUCUUCUGUGAGGAUAUUGGUGUACGGUUGGAGCCUAUUUCGAAGGAAAACUUUAUUGCUAAUCCGGAAAGCACUAAGAUGGAGUUCAGGCUACGCAUCCUAGAUCCGAAGAAACGUGUGAAUAAACACAAGGAAAAUGAAGCGAUUCAGUUCGACUUCGAUACAAGGAUGGACGAUGCAGAUGAGAUUGCGAGUGAUAUGUAUAAGAGUGGAAUUUUGAUGGAAGACGAUUCAAAAACGGUGGCAAAGAUUCUGAAGGUGCAGAUUCAGACGAUGCUGAAGGAAAAGGAGGAAAGGGCAAGGCAGGUGCAGCUGGAGAAAGAGACUGAGGCAUUGCAGAAGCAAGCCAUGCUAGCACAACAGAUUUAUGCUAAUCAACAGAGUCAAAUAGAAUGCGAUGCUCAACCGUUGGAGUUGCAUGUUCCACAGAUGGUGGGUCAAGGAAUAGCAAUUCCACAGCAACAGCAGCAGCAGACUUUCUAUCAACCUGCGUCUUUGCCGACUGCGCAGGCACAACAGAUAAUCUAUCAGCAGCAAAUGUCUGCACCGGUUGGAAAUGAUCAACUGAUUCAAAACUAUCAGAACCAAGCUGGUCAGUACAUCAACCAGCAACCGCAGAUGGUCCAACAGCCACAGUUCCUAAACCAAAUGCCUCAGAUGACCCAGCAAAUGCAGCAGAUCCCUUGCAGUAUACCUCAACAGACUCAAGUCAUUCAACAGCAGGUCGUUGCCCAAGCUGCCCAGCAUCAGCAUCCGCAGCAAGUAUUCAUUGAUCCCCAACAACAGCAGCAACAGUAUCUUCAGCAAAUGCAACAACAACAAGCCUUGAUUCAUCAAAUGCAGCAGCAACAACAGCAACAGCAGCAAAUCCCUCUUCAACAGAGUAACGUGCAGUACAUGAACCAAAUUUCCCAGCAACAACAACAGGUAAUCCAGCAACAGAUGAUCCAACAGCAAUUGCUACAACAACAACAGCUACAGCAACAUCAGCAGAUGCAACAAGCAAACAUCCAAGAUCAGUUUCCCACUUUAGAACAGCAACUUCAAGCAGUUCUACCUAUCCAACAUCAUCCCCAGCAACAGCAGCAGCAGCAACAACAACCACAACAACAGCAGGUACCCCAACAAUCACAAUCCCAAUCGCAACUCAUUCAAAAUCAACAACACUUUCAACCACAGCCUCAGAUGGUUCAUGGCCAAACCCUUCAGACUGCUCAACUACAACAACAUCAGAUGCUCAUUCAACAACAUAUCCAAGAACAUAUGCAACUGCAUCAAAGUUCACCCGGUCCAAUAAACAUGAUUCCCAAUGGAGCCCAAAUGGUAAUUAAUCACCAACAAAUUCCUCAAUCACAGCCACAGCCUCAGCAACCUCAGCCGCAGCAAAUCCAACAUCAGCAAGCUCAAACUCAACAAAUACAGCAUCAGCAACCCCAGUCCCAGCAAACACAACCCCAACAACAGUAUGUUGCUCAACAGAUGAUCAAUCACGUCCCACAGCAAGUUCCGGUCCAGCAACAAAUCCCUCAGCCGCAUCAAAUUCCGGUCCAGCAACAGAUUUCUCAGCCGCAGCAAAUUCAGCAAAUUCAACAACAACAGCAGCAACAACAACAACAGCAGCAACAACAACAACAGCUACAACAUCAGCAACAGAUCCAACAACAGCAAAUUCAACAUCAACAACAAAUUCAGCAACAGAUACUUCAGCAGCAACAACAACAACAACAACUUCCAUCAAAACCAGUUGAACCACAGAUCCCGGACCUAAUUCGCACAGACUCCCUACCGAACACCGCUGCCGAUGUAGUCCAACAACCACAGUCUAUUGUUCAAAAUCCAGCCCCAGCUCCUGUUCCAACACCGGCCUCAAUGGGAGCACCAACCCCCAGUCAUACGCCUCAACCCCAGUCACAACCACAGCAACAGCACCAACCUACCAAUCCGGAAACAUCCGGCAUUCCGCCCCAGCAAGCAGCCAUCCCGAAACGUCUAACGAACGAAGGGAGCAAAAAGCGCCGAAAUUAUCGUUCCACCGAACGUAACCCCAAGCUGCAGGUGCUCGGCUUCGAGAACAAUAUUGUCGAGUGUGAGAUGGAGAACCGACCGAAAACGAUCACGUUCAAGUUUGAUGCAAACAAUGUCAACCCGGUUGAGGUGGCACAAGAUUUGGUGUCCAAGGAUCUGUUGACCGAAGCACAAAGUUUGGUAUUUAUCGAGAUGGUACGCGACAUCUUGCGGCAGCUGAAGGAGAAUCCCAACCAGCUGCCGGUGGCAUCGCAGUGCUGCCGACGGAACACCGAGAAGGUGCGCCACGCGUCUCUAACACGUCAGCGUUCGAACUUUAAAACACACCAGAGACAUAGAUCACGUGAUGAAACAUCAACCACAGCUUCAAACUUUUCGCACAUGUUCGACCCGACCAUUAUCGACCGGCAAGCGCUGGCUACGGCCGUGUCCAGCACAACCAACUCAUCGGCCUCGUCUUCGCCAUUGUCUCAGCAACAGCCGGGUGGGGUUCCCGCUUCGGACACCAACGGAGAACUGCAGAAAACGAUGUCGGUCGAAAGUGGCAGCAGUGUCACCGGAAACGGUGCCUCGGAAGAUCACGGUUCGAAGGGAGAUCUGAAGGAUAUUGUAACGAUUGGAGAGCUGGGAGGAGGGAACGGAGAAAUGACUACCGUAACUCACGUGCUGAUGGACGACGGGACAAAUGAUAAUAACAGUAGUUGCGACGAAAACUCCAGGAAAACCAGUACCAUUAGUACAGAUUACAAUUCGCAUGAGAACACCCCGGAAAAUACGAUCACUUCGGGCAGUCAGAUGCAGCAACAACUUGUAAAUAACGAACUGGAGCAGGAUUCAGGUGCAGCCGUCUCGGGAACACAAGAGCCCGGGGUGGAUAUAACGGAUCAGUGUAUUAUUACAGUGCCAUUAGCAAAUAACGACGAGCAUAGUAAACCCGCUAUCACUGCUACUAACAGUAAUACUGAAAUUUCUUCUAGUCAACAAGUAGUCAGCCAACAACAGGUAUCUGUGUCUGCUACUAGUACUCCCACUGCUACAACUACUACUACCACCACGAACAAUGCCACAGUUAGCAAUGGACCAGUCGAUUCCCCGGGCGUAGAAAAUGUAGUACAGCAGCAGCGACGGGAACGAAAAAUGUCCCGAUUUUCCGUCACACCGGUUGUUCUACCGAAAGACGAUACUAAACCGACUGCCGUUGAUUCGCCAAUGCCACAGGCACAAAACGAGGAAUCGAUUACAGCUGUCGAGUCCGCAUUCGCAGCUGAACCACAGCAACAAGUUGCAGCGGAGGCAACUACUGAACAGGCUUAUAUGCAGGCAUCGAAUGAAAUUCUUCAACAGCAAAUGCUUUUACAGCAACAGCAGCAGAUGGAUAUCUAUCAGCAGAGGUUAGCGUUGGAACAACAGGCUCAGCAAGAUGCUGAUCUACAUGCCCAGCAACAAUAUCAGCUACAGGUGCAGCAAUUACAACUUCAGUUUCAACAACAGCAACAGUCUCAAUUUGUAUCAGAGCUGGUAGCUGCAGAAUAUGAACUGCAACAGCAGCAACAAAUGUACCAACAACAAUUGGCACAACAGCAGCAAUACCAGCAAGCAGUGCUCCAGCAGCAGCAAGUACAGCAACUGCAGCAGCAACAAUCUCAACCGUCAUCUAUUUCAACUCAGGUCUCAAUCGAUCAUACAUCACGUGAUUCUUUGCCUAGUCGUAUGCCAGAAACGCUCGAACAGUUGAAAAUAGGUCUCGAAAAUAUAACCCACGUGCAUGUGAUAACGAGCAAAACUUCCUCUGCUAGUCUGUCCAGCUCGUCGGCACAUUCGCUACAACAAUCACAACAGCAACAACAACCGAUCCAGCAGCAAGAGCUACUCAAUGAUUACCUCGUCCAGCAACAGUUUUAUCAAGCACAGGAGUACGUACCCGAAUCCCAAUCGGAGAUCGCCCAAGAGUCCGUUACUGAUGGCAGCCCAGCCUUUAUUGAGCAACAACCACAGCAGCAACAACAGCCGCCACAACAGCAUCUACUCCACACGCUUCCCGCUUCACAGGACAUUUCACUUUACAACUCAAGACGAACCUCGGCAGAUAUAAAUGUUCAACCGAUAGAUGCACAACCACUUCUGCAACAGCAGCAGUCACAAACUCAACCCUGCUCGAUGCCAAACUCAGUUGCAGCAGUAAGUGCUGCCGGAAGCGAUACCAGUACUCCCAACUUACGUGAUCAAGAUAAACGACUUUCCAAUCAAGGGAGUGUCGAUCGGAUAGACAGCUCUGCAAAUAACUCACUGGCUGACUUACACCAGAAGCUAGCUCAACUGACGUCCGCUCAAAUUAACGAGCCUGCGGUGCAGCAACCGUCACAGCAUCCUAAGCCUCCGCAGCUGGCUGCGUUUGAACAACAGCAACUACAAACACAGCAUAAUUCUGCCGUGACUAGUCCGUCGGUUGAACACGCGGAACUUAAGUUUCCGAAUGAGGCUAAACCAAUGAUUCGCAAGGUAUCCCGCUUUCAGGUUCAAACCGUACAAGAAUCUCCCAAAACUGACCAGGCACAACCACAGAGUCAGCCACCCCAACAACAACAGCCCCAGAUGAAGCCGUUACUCAUCAAUCAUAAUGAUACUCAGCACAAUUUUGCUCAGCAAACGAAACCCAGCAACUCAUCCCCAACGGACGAAAAGUCUUGCCAGCCAUUCCCUGCACAGCAACAACCUCUACAGCAGCAGCAACAACAUCAAUAUUGUGACGUACCCACAGCAAACGAUCUUGAAGCUAAGCUUAACUUGGUUAUUCCGAAGACUCCAAAUACUGAAAGCAUUCAGCCAAGUUUUGCAUCUGUCUUACUGCAGCAGCAACAACAACAGCAGCAGCAGCAGCACCUGCAGCAACAACAACAGUUGCAGCAACAACAGCACCAGCAGCAGCAGCAGCAACAACAACAGCAUCAGCAACAACAUCAACAGAUGCAGCAACAACUCCAACAACAACAAUUGCAGCAGCAGCAAAUGCAGCAGCUUCCUCAACAACAGCAACAGCCAAUGAUUCCAGUAGUUCCUAUGCAACAACAACAAAUUUUCCAACAGCCCAUUAUGCAACCACAGCAACAUCAGCAACAUAUACAGACUGUUCAACAACAGCAACAACAACAACAGUAUCACCAGUCCAUGCAGCAGCAGCAGCAGCAACCGCAACAACAACAACAGCAACAACAACAUCAGCAGCAGCAACAUCAAAUGCAAAUGGCACAGCAGCAACAACAUCAGCCAAUGGGGCAACAAAUGGUACCCGCUUCGAUGCCAAUUUCUCAGCAGAUGGUUCCGGUGCAGAAUGUCAACAGUACCGCUGCCAUUUACUCGGAACAAAGCGCCCUGGAAUCAUUUAGCAGUGAAGACAUUGGCCAGAAUCUAGUCGCCAUCCAGAAUCACCUCCGCACCAUGCAGCUAAUGCCCAGCGCACGUCAACAGCUGCAAUUGCUGCUUCAGCGCCAGCACAUCGAACACGAAGAGCUCAAGUUGCGUCACUUCCUUGAGCUGGAAAAGUUUCUCAAACAGCAGAAAGAGGAUAUGAAACCCCCACCGGUGGCAGCUGUUCAAGCCGCACAACCGGUGCAAGCACAACAGCAGCAGCAGGUUCCGGUGUCGAUGCAUGCAGCGGUAGCGGUGCAGGGUGGUGGCAUCCCAGACAUCACAUCGCCCACGUUAACCGUAAGCCGAGGCUUCGAUCCGGCGACGAUCACUACCGCUUCCUACAGUAACUACAACAACACAGUCGGUAGCACUAGCAGCGGCGGCAGUGGUCCCGACAUCGAUCCCGAUCCAACGCUAACGAUCGUGAAUGAAACGAACAAGUAGAGGCUGAUGUGCUGCCACAGCAUUAGGUAACGUUACAGUAAAUUAGAUACAUAUGUAGUAGUGGUCUGACUUUAGAGUGUUUAUCUUGCUAGAGGAAUUUACUGCUAGUGAGAACUGGUUUUAUAUAAAGCUACCAUUUUCGGCAGUUCCUACCAGCGAUCGCAAUGUUGCUUGCAAAAUCUAAACCAAAAAUGUUUUAAUUUUCUACACUGUUAUAUUAUGGAAUGUUUAAUUUUUCAAACACGAAAAUAAAACUAUUCUUCACAUUGUGUGGAACACGUGACGAUGGCAUUCCAGUUUCAAAAAUUAUCGUUGCGAUUUCACUACUGUUGCUGUUCCACACAUUCUGUAUUUGAUCUUCGUUAGCCCUCGCCCGUUACGCCAACAUUAGGUUGCGACGUGAGAACCAACAAGCUUAAGAUUUUGGCUCGUCAAAAUAAAAAAAAAGAAUUCUGCUGGACGGUUUUUUUCUGAAGAUAUAAAAAUAAAGAUGUUUGUCCCUAGGAAAGAAAAGCUAUUUACUCAGAAACGCGUUGGGUUAGUAGAUACUGCUGAAGGAAAAGAUUUGUAAGAAAGGGAAAACAUUCGUGUAUAUUUUAUAUUCGAAUAACUAAGUAUAAUAAUUGAUAGGCGCUUUAUUUUCUAGACGAAAUAUGCAUGCAGGGGAAAAGAAAAAUGGCCAAUGAAAGGGAGGAUAGGAGCUAAGCGUGACUGGUUCCACUCAAGGGAAAUAUAUCUAGAUGGAUGUAAAUUGUUUCUGUUUUCUCAUUCCGCUGGGAAAGGAAACUAGCGUUUUCCCACCAUAUGAUGCAAUUUAUUAUGUGCUUGUUGCUAUGUGUCAAUUCUUCCUCUCAGAGUUGCAAGAGCGAUAAAAGAUAAAACUACACAUUUCAAAGACAGAAAUCUAGGGCAUUGAUGAUAACAGGGGAUGUGGGAAUAUGCGUAGGGAUGUGUUCACUUGAAGAGAUUUGAUAAUGCAAACGAAAAAAAAAAGUAAUGAACCGGAUUAGAGAGCUUGGUUACAAUUGUGAUGAACGAGAGAGACGAACACGGACUGCUUUACGGAUGGAUGUGUGGAUGAUGCGAAAGUGGUUCAAACGAAUGAUACAAAUGAACGAUAAUGAAUUCGCAAAGACAGAAUAGAGAAGAAAAGGAAAUAUUCACUGGAAACAACCCAGAUUUGACAGGGUUCGCAUUACUUUAUUGUAUUAUAUAUUCUAUUCUACAUUUAAUGAAUUGAGAAAUAAUUAAGAUAUUAAAUAUCUAUUAAAACAGGAAAAAUGCAGAAGCAGCAAA